AGUGACAAGCAAAGGGGAGGAGAACAUGGUUUUAAAAGGCUCAACUGAAUUGAGGACUUGAAACUGUUGGGAUGGCUGGACUCAAGGCGCUAUGGGUGGCGGUGCUACUGCUGGUGGUGCAUGAGGCGUCCUCACAGCUAAAUGUGUGUGGUCGGGCUCCUCUCAACACCAAGAUCGUUGGAGGAGUGGAUGCUGCUCCGGGCACCUGGCCCUGGCAGGCCAGUUUGCAGACGUCUGGUCACUUCUGUGGGGGGUCCCUGAUCAACAAUCUGUGGGUGCUGACCGCUGCCCACUGCUUCCCCACAACUGACACGACAGGAUUCACGGUCUUCCUGGGCCGUCAGGACCAGGCGGGCAGCAACCCCAACGAGCAGUCCCGGACCAUCUCCAGGAUUGUCUGUCACCCCGAUUACAGUGGGACCACCAACGACAACGACAUCUGCCUGCUGGAGCUCUCCUCGGCUGUCACCUUCACAGACUACAUCGCGCCCGUCUGCCUGGCCGCGCCCAACAGCACGUUCAACAGCGGCAUCAUCAACUGGGUCACUGGCUGGGGCACCACCUCGUUUGGAGGUUCAGCCGCGGACAUCCUCCAGGAAGUGGACCUGCCCAUAGUGGGCAACAGGGAGUGUAACUGCAGCUAUGGCCUAAUCACCAACAACAUGAUCUGCGCUGGAUUGUCAGCUGGAGGGAAGGACUCGUGUCAGGGUGACUCUGGUGGUCCUCUUGUAGGCAAACAGGGUUUGCAGUGGGUCCAGUCGGGAGUGGUGAGCUUUGGUCAAGGAUGUGCCUUGCCCAACAUCCCUGGAGUAUACGCCAGAGUAUCUGAAUAUCAGGCUUGGAUCAACGGUAUCAUCACCACCAACCAGCCCGGCUUCGUUGACUUCCGAUCCGCGGGAAUCAACAGCGACGCCACCUUCAACUGUGGCGACCCUCCAUCCGGCCCAGUCACCGCCUCACCGACCGCCCCCGCCUCACCGACCGCCCCCGCCUCACCGACCGCCCCCGCCUCACCGACCGCCUCACCGACCGCCCCCGCCUCACCGCCCGCCCCCGCCUCACCGACCGCCUCACCGACCGCCUCACCGACCGCCUCGACGACCGCCUCACCGACCGCCCCCGCCUCACCGACCGCCUCACCGCCCGCCUCACCGCCCGCCCCCGCCUCACCGACCGCCUCACCGACCGCCUCACCGACCGCCCCCGCCUCACCGACCGCCCCCGCCUCACCGACCGCCCCCGCCUCACCGCCCGCCCCCGCCUCACCGACCGCCCCCGCCUCACCGACCGCCCCCGCCUCAUCGACCGCCCCCGCCUCACCGCCCGCCCCCGCCUCACCGACCGCCCCCGCCUCACCGACCGCCCCCGCACUGGUGACGUGCGGCAGCGCCCCCAUGAACACCCGUGACAGCAGGGGGCUGGUGCAGUCCGCCGGCGUGUGGCCCUGGAUCGCUAGCCUGCAGGUCAACGACACGCACAUGUGCGGCGGCACCCUGGUGACUGCGGAUGCCGUCCUGAGCGACGCCUCCUGCUUCACCAUGUACCCCAAUGCCUCCUACUGGACGGUUGAGUUGGGCCGCCGGAAUCUGAACGGCCCCAACUCCUUCAACAUGACCCUGGGGGUGAAAUCCAUCACCCUCAGCAAUCUCACCGGAGACAACAUCGCCGUGCUCAUGCUGUCCAGUCCACCGAGGCUCUCGGACUACAUCCAGCCCAUCUGUCUGGACCAGGGGAUGGGCAGCUUCCUGAACAACAAAGACUGUUGGAUGGCAGGCUGGGGCAUGGGCCAGGGAGGCGCCCAAGAAACCCUGCAGGAGUUCAACACCACGGUGGUGGGUUGUAGCAACACGUCAUCCAGUGACUACAUCUGCACCGAAGCGCUGACUGUGAGAAUGGGUGACGCCGGCGGCCCCCUGAUGUGCAAGAGCGGCAACUCUUGGACCCAAGUGGCCGGGCUUCCCAACGUCAUGGGCAACAGCAGAAUGGUGCGCUCAGAGAGAGCCGCCGACCAGUCCGUGUUCACCGCCACAACGCAAUUUGCUGGCUUCCUGAGGGAAACUCUGAGGAGCCUGCCGUCCCCCGCCAACGUCACCACAACCUCCGCCCCCACGACCACCGCCCCCACCACCACCACCACCACCACCACCGCCCCCACCACCAGUCACGCGUCAGACGCACGCUUCCCCAUGUCCUACCUCCUCCUCCUCCUCUCCUCCCUCUCCGUGCUCUCUGCGCUGGUCUAGAGGCAGCAUGGCCUGGAAGGGCUCGACUCCGGUUUAUUUUCAUGUUGAUUGUAUCUCAGGGAGGGAAGUAUGUGAUUAUGUAAAGAAAUGAUCACACAGUUUUAUAUGUUUUUCCUUUUGGGGUUUUUAUGGACUGUUGGAGUCAGUGGAGUCUCAGCUUACACAUGAUAUAUAGUUUGCGUUGAGCAUAUUACGUGGAAAAGAUCGCUUUUGCUCUUGAAUCUGAAGGUGCAGUUAUAAAAUACAUAUCUCUUUUUGAUAUGUGCUGCUUAUUUUAUUUGGGGUUGGAAUUGUCUUUUGUUUAACUAGCAAUGGUUAGGAGAGACUAAAGGUUGAGAAUGUAUUAAAACUGGGGGUGUGUCAUAUGACCUUAACACGGCGAAAAAUGUAUUUCAAAGGUUAGUUUUUGAAAAUAAAUUUUGUUUAACAAGAUGAUCAUGACCAAUGAAUACCGCUGUGGAGGUUUUUGAAGUAUCUGCCCGAUACGAGUACUUAAAUAAUACCAUUACAGUCGAAAGAACAGUCAUCGGGAACCCAAUGUUUCAGCGGAAAUUCAAACACUAUGGCUGGAUUGCACAAACAUGGAUUAAAUUAGUCCUUGUUUAGGGUUAAUAUAGGGUUAGUAAAUCUAGGUUAAAACUGGUUUAAAUUAAUCAUAGAUGUGUGAUUGGAGAUUAGUUCAACUAGUUUUACCAAGGAUUAAAAUAGGAUUAGUUUGUGUUCAGUAUCUGCCAUGAUGGAUUCCGGCGAAAUGUGAACUAAUUUACGAUUUGUUUGAUAAAGAUGGACCACAAUAUAUUCAAAAA